AUGAUGGUGCACUGUGCUGGUUGCGAGCGGCCCAUCCUCGACCGCUUUCUGCUGAACGUGCUGGACCGCGCGUGGCACAUCAAAUGCGUUCAGUGCUGCGAGUGCAAGACCAACCUCUCGGAGAAGUGCUUCUCGCGCGAGGGCAAGCUCUACUGCAAAAAUGACUUCUUCAGGCGAUUUGGCACCAAGUGCGCAGGCUGCGCACAAGGCAUCUCUCCCAGCGACCUGGUGCGCAAGGCCCGCAGCAAAGUCUUCCACCUCAACUGCUUCACCUGCAUGGUGUGCAACAAGCAGCUGUCCACGGGCGAGGAGCUCUACGUCAUCGAUGAGAACAAGUUCGUGUGCAAGGAUGACUACCUGAGCUCCUCCAGCCUCAAGGAAGGCAGCCUCAACUCAGUGUCCUCCUGUACGGACCGCAGUUUGUCCCCGGACCUCCAGGACCCUCUCCAGGACGACCCCAAGGAGACGGACAAUUCGACGUCGUCGGACAAGGAGACGGCCAACAACGAGAACGAGGAGCAGAACUCGGGCACGAAGCGGCGCGGCCCGCGCACCACCAUCAAAGCCAAGCAGCUGGAGACGCUCAAGGCGGCCUUUGCCGCCACGCCCAAGCCCACGCGCCACAUCCGCGAACAGUUGGCGCAGGAGACCGGCCUCAACAUGCGCGUCAUCCAGGUGUGGUUCCAGAACCGAAGGUCCAAAGAGCGCAGGAUGAAACAACUGAGCGCGCUGGGCGCCCGGAGACACGCCUUCUUCCGGAGUCCGCGGCGCAUGCGUCCGCUGGGCGGCCGCUUGGACGAGUCCGAGAUGUUGGGGUCCACUCCGUACACCUACUACGGAGACUACCAAGGCGACUACUACGCGCCCGGAGGCAACUACGACUUCUUCGCGCACGGCCCGCCGUCGCAGGCGCAGUCCCCCGCCGACUCGAGCUUCCUGGCGGCGUCGGGGCCCGGCUCGACGCCGCUGGGCGCGCUGGAGCCGCCGCUCGCCGGCCCGCACGCCGCCGACAACCCCCGGUUCACCGACAUGAUCUCGCACCCGGACACGCCGAGCCCCGAGCCGGGCCUGCCCGGCGCGCUGCACCCCCUGCCCGGCGAGGUGUUCAGCGGCGGGCCCAGCCCGCCCUUCCCCAUGAGCGGCGCCAGCGGCUACAGCGGACCCCUGUCGCAUCCCAACCCCGAGCUCAACGAGGCCGCCGUGUGGUAA